CAAUUCUAUCUCAACACAUACACAACCAAGGGCGAGAUCCUUGACAUUGUCAGAGGCUUGAGGCACAGAGGUGGAAAAACCCUCAACACCGGAGCAGCUCUCCAGUACUUGAGGGAUAAUGUCUUCACCGCCUCUGCCGGCAGCAGACGCCUUGAAGGAGUCCCACAGGUCCUAAUCUUGCUCAGCGGCGCAAGGUCUUCUGACAGUGUGGAAGCACCAGCUUCUGCUCUCAAACAGCUCGGAGUGCUGAUCUUUGCCAUCGGUACCAGAAGUUCCGAUAACGGAGAGCUGCAAAAGAUAGCCCACGACCCCAGAUAUGCUCUCUCGGUGACUGAAUUCACCGACCUCCCCACGGUCCAACAACAACUUCAGUCUUCUGUGGAGGCUGUGGUGAUUGACGUCACCCCAGAAACGCCACCGGUAAUUGCGGAAGCCAAAAAGGACAUUGUAUUCCUUCUGGAUGGUUCUGAUGGCACAAGGGAUGGCUUCCCCGCCAUGCGCAAUUUUGUUGAACAAGUGCUGGAGAAACUCAAUGUGGGCGCAAACAAAGACCAUGUCUCUCUGGUCCAGUACAGCACAGAUCCAGAGGCCAGUUUUUAUCUGAACACGUACACCACAAAAGAGGAGUUUGUCAACGCAGUCAGAGGCCUUAGACACAGAGGAGGCAGGCCCCUCAACACAGGGGCCGCCCUCCGAUACCUGAGAGACAACGUCUUUACAAACUCCGCAGGGAGUAGGCGCACGCAAGGUGUUCCGCAGAUCUUGAUCCUGCUAAAUGGCGGCAGGUCUUUUGACAGCGUUGAUGCGCCAGCCUCUGCUCUCAAACAGCAUGGCGUCUUUACAAUCAGCAUUGGAACACAAAACUCUGACAGCAGCGAACUGAAAAAGAUAUCCCAUGACCCUCGCCACGCUCUCGUGGUGUCUGAGCUCUCUGACCUCCCCAGUGUCCAAGAACAGCUCUCCUCUGUAAUCAGCAGGGUACUCAGAGCCACACCCAUGACACCAACAGUCACUGCGGACAGACCGGGAAGGGAUGUGGUUUUCUUGUUGGAUGGCUCCGAUGCCACAAGAAAUACAUUCACAGCAAUGAGGGACUUUGUCCAAAGAGUCGUAGAGACGCUGAGUUUGGAUGACGACAAAGAUCGUGUCUCCCUGGUUCAGUAUAGCACAGACGCAGCAGUCCAAUUCUAUCUCAACACAUACACAACCAAAGGAGAGAUCCUUGACAUUGUCAGAGGAUUGAGGCACAGAGGUGGAAGAACCCUCAACACCGGAGCAGCUCUCCAGUACUUGAGGGAUAAUGUCUUCACCGCCUCUGCCGGCAGCAGACGCCUUGAAGGAGUCCCACAGGUCCUAAUCUUGCUCAGCGGCGCAAGGUCUUCUGACAGUGUGGAAGCACCAGCUUCUGCUCUCAAACAGCUCGGAGUGCUGAUCUUUGCCAUCGGUACCAGAAGGUCCGAUAGCGGAGAGCUGCAAAAGAUAGCCCACGACCCCAGAUAUGCUCUCUCGGUGACUGAAUUCACCGACCUCCCCACGGUCCAACAACAACUUCAGUCUUCUGUGGAGGCUGUGGUGAUUGAUGUCACCCCAGAAACGCCACCGGUAAUUGCGGAAGCCAAAAAGGACAUUGUAUUCCUUCUGGAUGGUUCUGAUGGCACAAGGGAUGGCUUCCCCGCCAUGCGCAAUUUUGUUGAACAAGUGCUGGAGAAACUCAAUGUGGGCGCAAACAAAGACCAUGUCUCUCUGGUCCAGUACAGCACAGAUCCAGAGGCCAGUUUUUAUCUGAACACGUACACCACAAAAGAGGAGUUUGUCAACGCAGUCAGAGGCCUUAGACACAGAGGAGGCAGGCCCCUCAACACAGGGGCCGCCCUCCGAUACCUGAGAGACAACGUCUUUACAAACUCCGCAGGGAGUAGGCGCACGCAAGGUGUUCCGCAGAUCUUGAUCCUGCUAAAUGGCGGCAGGUCUUUUGACAGCGUUGAUGCGCCAGCCUCUGCUCUCAAACAGCAUGGCGUCUUUACAAUCAGCAUUGGAACACAAAACUCUGACAGCAGCGAACUGAAAAAGAUAUCCCAUGACCCUCGCCACGCUCUCGUGGUGUCUGAGCUCUCUGACCUCCCCAGUGUCCAAGAACAGCUCUCCUCUGUAAUCAGCAGGGUACUCAGAGCCACACCCAUGACACCAACAGUCACUGCGGACAGACCGGGAAGGGAUGUGGUUUUCUUGUUGGAUGGCUCAAAUGCCACAAGAAAUACAUUCACAGCAAUGAGGGACUUUGUCCAAAGAGUCGUAGAGACGUUGAGUUUGGAUGACGACAAAGAUCGUGUCUCCCUGGUUCAGUAUAGCACAGACGCAGCAGUCCAAUUCUAUCUCAACACAUACACAACCAAGGGCGAGAUCCUUGACAUUGUCAGAGGCUUGAGGCACAGAGGUGGAAAAACCCUCAACACCGGAGCAGCUCUCCAGUACUUGAGGGAUAAUGUCUUCACAGCCUCUGCCGGCAGCAGACGCCUUGAAGGAGUCCCACAGGUCCUAAUCUUGCUCAGCGGCGCAAGGUCUUCUGACAGUGUGGAAGCACCAGCUUCUGCUCUCAAACAGCUCGGAGUGCUGAUCUUUGCCAUCGGUACCAGAAGGUCCGAUAACGGAGAGCUGCAAAAGAUAGCCCACGACCCCAGAUAUGCUCUCUCGGUGACUGAAUUCACCGACCUCCCCACGGUCCAACAACAACUUCAGUCUUCUGUGGAGGCUGUGGUGAUUGAUGUCACCCCAGAAACGCCACGGGUAAUUGCCGAGUCACAAGGCCCCCAGAGGGACAUAGUCUUCAUCAUCGAUGGAUCUGAUGGCAUUGGAAGGGAUUUCCCUAUCAUCCAGGAGUUCAUCCGUAAGGUUGUGGAGAAUCUGAACGUGGGCGAAAAUAAGAUCCGAAUCGGUGUGCUCCAGUUUGCCGAUUAUCCGCAGGCUGACAUGUAUCUCAACACACAUCCAACCAAAGAAGACGUGUUGAAUGCUGUCAGGGGAUUAAGGCAGCGGGGAGGAAGAGGGCGUAACCUGGGUCAGGCUUUACAAUUUGUCAAUGAGGAUAUGCUGACAGCUGCACGAGGUAGCAGGAAACAAGAGGGUGUCCCUCAGUUUUUGGUUGUCGUCUCCAGUGGGUCUCCAACAGAUGACAUCAAUCGUCCGGCAUCUACCCUCAAACGAUCAAGAGUUAUUCCGUUCAGCAUUGGAACCAGGGAUAUGAAGCCUCAGGAUCUGCAAAUCGUGUCCUUUGUACCUAACUUUGCCUACAUUGUAGAUGAUCUUCCAAGCUUGGAUACAGUCCAGGAAAACGUAAUCAAUAGUCUUACAGAAUUAUCCGACGAUGACAUCGCCAGGAUCAUCCCGCAAUUCCCAGUCAUUGAAGAAAUCAUUCCAAGCACAGGUGGAGAAAAGAGGGAUGUUGUGUUUCUCAUCGACGGCUCGAGUGCAGCACGAAAUGACUUCCCUGCCAUUCGUGAAAUGAUCAGAAGAGUUGUGGAGAAGUUAGAUGUUGGACUGGAUAAAGUCAGAAUUUCUGUAGUACAGUACAGCGACGACACAAAUGUAGAAUUCCUCCUCAAUGAAUUUUCCACUAAAAAUGAAGUACGCCAGGCUGUAACGCAACUCCGAAGCAGAGGAGGAAGUCGUCUGAACACAGGACGUGCACUUGAGUGGGUCUCUCGAAACAUCUACCAGCGGUCCGCCGGAAGUCGCAUCGAAGACGGAGUGCCUCAGUUUUUGAUUGUAGUUACCGGUGGAAGCUCUACGGAUGAUGUUACGACUCCAGCAGACCAACUUAAGAGAAGCCAUGUUGCACCAAUCGCCAUCGGUUCAAGGAAUUCAGACCCGGAUGAGCUGAGGAAAAUUUCCUUGAAGCCUGAACUUGCAUACACAGUUGAAAGUUUCCAGGAGCUUCCAGCCGUGGAGCAGCAGCUCAUUGAUUCAGUCAGAACAAUAUCCGCUACUGAUAUCAUCGAAAGCUAUCGCCCUCCGGAUGAGCCCUUAGAUGUGUUAGACGUUGGGCGAAAGGACAUCAUUUUCCUUAUUGAUGGCUCAGACAACACAGGUGUAACGGGUAUCGCUCACAUCCGUGACUUUAUCUUGAAUCUCAUCCGGCAACUCGACGUGCAACCUGACCAAGUGCGCGUGGCCCUCGUCCAGUAUGCGGACCGAGUCAAACCGGAGUUCUCGCUCAAUUCGUAUAACGCCAAGCCAGACGUUAUCACGGCCGUUCGAAAACUCCGUCAAAUGGGCGGCCGCUCCUCCAACCUGGCUGAUGCUAUUGAAUAUGUCAUACAGAAUGAGUUGAAGCCCUCUGCCGGUGUCCGUCCUCUGGAGGCCUCCCAGCAUCUUGUGGUUCUCACAGGAGGACGUUCCCCGCAAGAUGUGUCUCUCUAUGGGCCUUUGCUUAAGGGAUCCAGGGUCAACUGUAUUGGUAUUGGAGCAAGUGGAGCAGACACAAGGCAGCUCGCCCAAAUUGCUAAGUCACCAGAAGAUGUCCUUCAGGUUCCUACGUUCCCUGGCCUGCCAGCAAUCAAUGACAGAUUGGUGGCAAGACUGAAAGGGACGAUCCCUGAUGAUCCCACCCCAGAGGAGAUUCCCACACAAGGCCUGCCUGCAUCCAAGAAGGCUGAUAUCGUGUUUUUGGUGGAUGGCUCCAUAAACCUGGGCAGAGAAAAUUUCAAUAAAGUCAUGGCAUUUGUCGCCGAACUAAUCGAUCUCUUCUACACCGACAGAGACAACCUGAGGAUUGGACUGGCGCAUUACGGCACUGACGUGUCAGAUGUGUUCUACCUCAACACCUACAAAAAUAAACCAGAUAUUAUUAGUGCCAUUGAGCGUGCAGAUUAUCCAGGGGGCCGUAGAACCAACACAGGGGCGGCCAUUCGACACAUACAAAAUGUUCAAUUUUCCAAAGAAAAGGGCAGUCGUAAAGAUGAAGGCACUGCUCAGAUCCUCAUGGUUAUCACGGGAGGACCAUCUUCUGAUGACAGCAAAUCAGCGGUACUUAACUUAAAGAAUAGCGGCGUGAGAGUCUUUGCCGUUGGAGUGGGUGACGCGGAGAAUGAGUUGGAGACAAUCGCCAGUGACUCCUCCACUGUGGCCAGAGCCAGAACCAUCCAAGAGCUCUCUGAGCUCAAUGAGCAAAUACUGGGGACGUUAGAUGACGAAGUAAAGGGCAAGCUGUGCGUUGGUGUCCAGGAAGCUCCCAAAGCUUGCAACCUCGAGGUGUUAGUGGGCUUCGACGUUUCUGCCCAAAACAUAUUCAGUGCGCAAACCAACCUCCUGAACAAGAUGGCUGCCAUUCUGCAGAGGAUCGCCAAAAUGUCGACCAUCAGCUGUUCAUCGGGGCAAAUUCCAUCCAUUCAAAUCGGCAUGCUCGCCAUCGAUUCCACCGGGCAGCCAGUCCAGGUGGACUUCUCCGACAAUGCCGACAAGCUCUUGGAUGCCUUUAGAGGCCUUCGUGCUCGCGGCCCCUUCGUUCUCAGUGGCAAGACCAUCUCGGCUUACACUGACAGAUUCAGAAACAGACAAGAUGAUACUGUCAAGGUUGUUAUUCAUCUGACUGAUGGUAUUGAUGCACCCUAUUCUGAAAUGAAAAGGCGAGUGGACGAGCUCCGGCAAUCAGGAGUCAACAGUUUGAUCCUGGUUGGGCUCGAACGAGUGCCCAGGUUUGAAGACGCUGCAUUGUUGGAAUUUGGCCGUGGCUUCAGGUACACCAGACCCCUACGACUCAACAUCCUCGACUUGGACUACGAGCUAAUGGAGGAAUUGGACAAUAUUGCAGAGAGGGAAUGCUGUGGAGUGCCGUGCAAAUGUACAGGCACAAGGGGAGACCGAGGCUCCAUCGGAGUUUCAGGACCUAAGGGUCGUCCAGGUGGUCCAGGAAGCCAAGGACAUCCUGGUGAUGAAGGUGGACCGGGAGAAAGAGGUCCUGCUGGCGUGAAUGGCACUCAAGGUUUCCAGGGCUGUCCUGGACAGAGAGGUUUCAAGGGUUCUCGAGGAUACUCUGGAGAAAAGGGUGAAUCUGGAGAAAUUGGCCUGGACGGUAUUAACGGCGAAGAGGGCAAAAGUGGAGUGGCCGGGCCCUCAGGAGACAGGGGACAUCCUGGCAGAAGAGGUCCUAAAGGCAUCAAAGGCCAAGCAGGAGACCGAGGAGAAAUGGGAAUCAGAGGAGACCCUGGCACAAGUGGAAAGGAUAACGCCCAACCUGGACCCAAGGGAGACCCUGGUGAUGCCGGACCAGCGGGCGAGCCCGGCGAGGACGGAAACAAGGGAGGACCCGGAGAGCCAGGAAGAAGGGGAGCGGAUGGGAGACGAGGCGCACCGGGACAAGCUGGUAACGCGGGACCGCCUGGAGUUGAUGGUGUGACGGGAGAAGCUGGAAUUGGAGGAUCACGGGGUCCAGCUGGACCUAACGGUGCACCAGGACCCAGAGGAGAAGACGGAAAUCCUGGACCCAGGGGUCCUGGGGGAAGCCCGGGCACUGCGGGAGAAAAGGGAAGAAGGGGAGCCGUCGGUCGCAAGGGAGAGCCCGGAGAUCCAGGGAUUAAAGGCGUCAUCGGACCACUCGGACUCCGCGGAGAGUCUGGCGAAGAUGGCAGAGAUGGUUUCGGCACCGCGGGGCCCAAAGGAAGAAGGGGUGACGAAGGCUUUCCAGGGUUCCCGGGGCCAAAGGGCGAAGCUGGUAACGCAGGAACCAAGGGUGGACCUGGUCUGCGAGGAAAUCGUGGACAGAGGGGCGUGUCUGGAAAUGCCGGAACGCUUGGACAGAAAGGAGAGGUCGGCUAUCCGGGGCCUUACGGUCAGAAAGGACCAAGAGGACCGGGAGUUGUGCAAUGUGACCUCGUCAAGAAGAUCAGAGACAACUGUCCGUGCUGCUACGGCAAGCUGGAGUGCCCCCUGUACCCGACGGAGCUGGCCUUCGUGCUGGACGCGUCCAACGACGUGGGCCGGCCGGCCUUCAACAGCAUGCGCGAGGCCACGCUGCGGCUGCUGCGCGGCCUCACCGUGUCGGAGAGCAACUGCCCGCGGGGCGCCCGCGUGGCCCUGGCGCUCUACAACAGCGAGGUGACCACCGAGGUGCGCUUCGCCGACGCGUUGAAGAAGCGGGCGCUGCUGCGGCACGUGGAGGGCCUGCAGACGCUGCAGACCAACAAACGGCGCAGCCUGGAGACGGCCAUGAGCUUCGUGGCGCACAACACCUUCAAGAGGGUGCGCAGCGGCUUCCUGGUCAGGAAAGUGGCCGUCUUCUUCGUGGGCGGCUCGGUGGCCAACGCCCAGGCGGUCACCAACGCCGCGAUGCGCCUCCACGACGCCGGCAUCGCCACCUUGUUCCUGGUCAAGAGCGACGACAGGGCGCUCGCCAGAGCUUUGCAGGUGAACAACACAGCACUGGCCCAGGUCAUCGUCUUGCCCAACCCGGGAAGCGCACAGUUCAAUUCAGUCAUGACAAAAGUCAUGAACUGCCAUCUCUGUUUUGACAUCUGCGCCCCAGACCAAAUGUGCGACUACAUCCCGCCGUCGGCCGGUCGGGACAGAAGGUCUUUCACCACCGACGUGGACAUCGACAUGGGCUUCGUGGUGGACAGCUCGGAAAGCACGUACCCCGUCGUCUUCACCGAGAUCAAACGCUACAUCGCGCACAUGGUGGAGCACCUGCAGGUGUCCUCCAGCCCCGAGACGUCCGCUCACCACGCCAGAGUGGCCGUCCUCCAGCAAGCGCCCUACCAAUUCCUCCACAACCAGACCAAGUCUCCCGUCCGCGUGGACAUCGGCCUGACCGAGCACCAGUCGGCGCAGGGCAUCGUCAAUUUCCUGCUGGACAAGACGCCGCAGCUGGAAGGCGGACGCUCCCUGGCGGCCGCCAUGGAGUGGACGGUGGAGCAGGUGUUUGAGAAGGCGCCCCUGCAACGCCCGCGCAAGGUGUUGACGCUCUUCGUGACGGGCGGCGUGGAGGAGGACGAGGAGCGGCUGGUGCGCGUCGCCACCGACAUCAAGUGCAGAGGCUACUUUUUGGUCAUCUUCGGCGUCGGCGAGAACCUUAGCGCCGCCGACGCUCGCGUCCUGGCCCGCAUGGCCAGCGAGCCCUCCGACGUCUUCUUCAAGAGGCUGGACGCCAUCUCGCAGUUUUACGACAAGCACCUGCUCACCUUUGGACAGAUGCUGCCCAAGUACAUCAGCAUUGAAAACGCUUUCUUCAUGUCCCCCGAAGUGUCCAAACACUGCAAGUGGUUCCAAAGCGACCAGCCCUUAAAAAACCCUUUCACCACUUUGGCACGCCAACCCCAGAGCCAGACAAAGCAUCACGAAAACCAGCAAGAAACUCAUCCAGUAAAGCACAAAGCGGUGGACGCGGAGGAGCUUCACGUGUCCAACGUGACCCGCAGCGGCUUCAAGUUGCGUUGGAGCAACCCGGACCCCAAGAAUUUCGUCUACUUCCAAGUGACGGUGACGCGACUGCGCGACCACGCCUUGGCCGUCAAGACCAACGUGUCGGCGUCCGAGCUUUCCGUGGACAAGCUGGAAAGCGGGCAGACGUACCACGCCGUGGUGACGGGCCACGGCGUCGACGGCCACGUGCUCGCCACCCACAAAGGCGUCGUCACCACCAAGGCAGCGGCGCAGCGGCCACUCAUCAACAGCCGGGUCAUCACCGCCGCAGUCAACAGGCCACUGGACAAACCGGACACGGUCACAGUGCUGGAGCCUGAGCCUAAGCAGCAGCAAGUGGACAAGGCGGAGCUCCACCCGGCUCCAGCGGCCUCCACAUCCGUGGACAUUUGCCAGCUGCCCAAGGAGGAGGGCACGUGCGCCAAGUUCGUCCUCAAGUGGCACUACGAUGCCCCCAGCAAGACCUGCGCGCGCUUCUGGUACGGAGGCUGCGGCGGGAACCAGAAUCGCUUCGACACGCAUGAACAGUGCGCCAAGGCUUGUGGGAAACCAGCGCCCAUCAAGCAAGGGGUGAUGGCUUCACUAAGCACAUAGGGGACGGAUCGCACCCGUGGCCAGCCUUUACCUGUGUUUUGAGGAGAACAAUCCACACUGGUCAUACUGUACGAAUGGAGGCUGCACUGGAUUCCACACCAAUGGACUUGACCCCGCCCCAAUAUCUUCAGCUGAUCAUGUCAAUUUUUUUUUUUUUUUUAAAUUUCCCCCAUCACAAAUGAAAAGUAACAGCAACUGCCGCAUGAAUUGAUUUUUUUUUUGUCUUUUUUUUUUAUCUACUGGUGCUACUCAAAGUGUUUGUUUUGCAGAUGGUUAUGAUGUGCAUUUUGUUUUGUACAGUCAAGUUGUCAGAUCGUUCGUCGUGCGGCAAAGUAUGUUUCAUACAUUCAGGACUUGCCUGACUCACUUUCACCGAGCUUCUUUUGUUGGGUUGCACACUCCACGUUCACCAAUUGGCUUUUGGCUUGUCAUUUUGAUGUCCGUGUAAUCGUUUUUUUUUUUUUUUUGUAGCCACGGAAUCCGCACACAAAAAGUCAACACGAGUCUUGUAUUAAAUUGCUCGCAAAGCGCUCGAAUGCAAAGCCAUGAAGUGCACUUCUUGAUCCACUGCCUCAAACAUACCAAAGCAAUCUCAAGAUAGAAUGUAUUUGUUGAGCUGUCUUUGUUUUUGGUUCAUUUACUGAAGCUUGUGUUUCAUCGGACUAAAGAACACAAAAUAAAACAGACUUUCUAAUAAACA